UUCACCAUAACAUAAAUGAAAUGGCCAUUUUAGAAAGAAACAUUUUUAUUUUAACUUUGGUCGGGGUAUGGAAACCUGGGCAUUGGAAAGGAUUUAAAGCUGCUCUUUAUUACUGUUACAUUUGCUUGGUGACAAUUGUCAAUCACUCAUUUCUUCUUUCUGGUAUUUUGGAUUUUGAGUUGCGAAAUAUCGACAUUGUUGUGAUCAUUGAUAAUUUAUCAUUAUUGAUUUGUGUAUUCACAAUUCGUUAUAAAAUCAUCACAAUACUCUAUUAUCGUAAAUUAAUUGAAGAAUUUAUAAAUCGUUUUGAACGAGAUCCAUUUAAAGCAAAAGACGAUGAAGAAGAAAAGAUUUAUAUAAAAUUUGGUAAGCUUACAAAAACGACUUCAAUAUUGUAUGCGGGGCUAUUUACGUCAGUGGUAUCGUGGUACUCAGUAGGUCGUAUAUUUCGAAUGAGUCCGCCUAAUGUGAUGCCUUAUCAAGGAUGGUUUCCUUAUAACUAUACAACAUACAAGUAUUAUUGGCCAACGGCUAUUUAUCAACUUUACGCAGUCUGCGGUGGUGCAUGGGUUAAUUUAGCUUAUGACUCAAUAUUUUGUUCUAUAUUGUACUAUUUAUGUGCGCAGACACACAUUCUUAAGCAUCGAUUUUCCGUGCUAGUGGAAAAUUUACAGAACAUUAAUGAGGGAAAUGAUGGGAGCGUAAAUAUCAGAGAAAUUGAACGGAAAAUGAUUGGUGACUGGGUUGAUUAUCAUAACAACAUACUCAAUUUAGUAGAAUUUGUGAAAUUUUCAUUCUCAACGGCGAUAUUUGUACAGUACGCAGGAAGUUCACUUCUACUUUGCAGUAUUGCGUAUACAUUAUCACACACAGAAACUCGGUCAAUAGAUUUCGUUAGUAGUUUUUUUUAUCUCACAGCUAUGACGAUCCAGAUAUUUUUUCAGUGCAUUGCUGCGAAUCAAGUGACAGUUGAGUUUGCUGACAUUACUAAUGCUCUUUACAACACGAACUGGUACAAUUUGAGUAAUAAUGUACGUAAAGCGAUGACAAUCAUCCUCGCAGAACUUCUGAAACCCAUUUUAAUAAAUAGUGGAUACUUCGUUAUAUUAUCUUUAGAAUCAUUUACAAAAGUUAUUAAAUUAUCGUAUACUAUUUAUAACGUACUUCAAUAAUGUAAUUGUAAUUUGCCAAAGUUGCGUUUUAUAAUCUAACUGUUAUGGUUAUAAAUGAGUUAAGUUUACUUGGAGAAGCAUUAAAUAAUUAUUUUUAAAUAAGUAAAAUCAUUUCAUGGGAUCAUAAAUCGAUUAAUAAUAUUAUUGAUUCUCGUAAUUUCACGAUAUAUGAAAACGUGAAAAUAUUGGAACAAUAUAUUACUCACCACACAAGCAGAUAGGACUUUUCAAUUCACGUGUUUGACACUUCCGCCUGCGGUUCGGGAAUAAGGCGAUGUCACACGUGGAUUGAAAUGUUCUUCAUUCUCGAGAAAAAAAAACGAAAACAGUAAUAAGGUAAUAACGUUUAUAAAUUAAGAAAUGUUUAUUAUAAUACAAUAAAUAAGUUUAAGGAUCUACCGGAGUGAUGUCCAAGUACACUUACAAAUGGCAACCUUGUUCGAUAAUCAUUAGGAUGGGCGCUAGGUGAUUUAAUCAUCACCAAUAAACAAAUUUCAUAUGAUACGACUCAGGGUAGCGGAUUGGAGAAAGAGAUAGAAAUUAUCGUGGCAUUGGCAGGUCGAUUUGCUGCAGACUGAAUUUUCAGAGGCGCAAUCGAAAUCGUUAGAACCAUUCGAUCCUACAGAUCCCCGACAAUAAUUUUCUAUGAAAGUAUAAUUUUUAAGACAAACGCAUUUGUGGUCUGUAGAACAGUAAAUAUUAUUAAGGUUACGGCAGCUAUUGUUCGUUUCACAAAAUCAUUAACUCCUGGAAUUUUUGACAAUUAGUUUUGGAAAAUUUCUGUGGAUUCAUAAAUUUGGGAUUGAAUCUAAGAACUUACGAUUAGCGAAUGACUGACAAUUACUUCUACUGGUGUUAAUGAAGUCCCGAUAAUGGCCGUCAAUUGUGAUGUAGUUUUGUAAACAGGCACAUUUAUAGUCUUCAGAAGAAUGGACGAAAGUAAAUAGGACAUUGGCGAGUUUUUGAUUCAUCGCAGAUCGCAUUAUCUGCUGUGCAAUCGAAACUUUUGAAACACAUCGAGCCAAUUAGUCCACUGCAAUAUCCAUCACAUCUAUUCUGGCUACUGAAUACAAGGAAUAAAAUUUAAAAAAAAUAAAUUUGUAUAUUUCUUGUCAACUUUUGAUUUUUUUAUAUCUUUUAUAAAUUCAAUAAAAAAAUUUC